UUCACAGAACUGACAGCAUAGAAGGAAAAUAUAAAUAAUUUUGCUCCCUCUGACGAAUCCGUUUCCCCUCUAUCCCUUACCUAUGGCUUCAAAUUCAAACAUAGAUAUAGAGGGUGCAACCCAGCAUCUUCGUGACAUAUUAAAGUUGGACAGACCCGGGAACAACGUCGACGCAUCUCCAUGUGAGAACCAAAGAAAAACAUCUUUCAAUGGCGAAUUGAAUGGACGUCUGCCGGGAGCUGGCAACAGGUCAACCAUGGCUGAAUCCACAGACCCUAAUUCAGAUAAUAUGAACACCCAAGAGGGUCAGAUAAUCUGCCUCUCUGGGGAUGAUGGCUCCACUUGCAUUCCCAUCACAUCCAACAAUGUUGAAAUUGUAGCCAGUCGAGACUCAAGCAUUGACAGCAAGGCCCGUGGCAGCAACAAGGUAAAAAUCCAGCCUGUCGCCAAGUACGACUGGGAGCACAAGCAUUACUACGGCAACCUGAUAGCAGUCUCUAACUCAUACCUGGCAUAUGCCAUCCGAGGCGCAAACAACCAGGCCAUGAUCCGUGUGUUGAGCCUGGGCUCCGCAGAGCGCACCCUGCUGAAGGGCUUCACUGGUGCAGUCACAGACCUGGCCUUCGCUCAUUUGGACUCCACCCUGCUGGGAUGUGUUGAUGAGGCCGGCAACCUGGUCAUCUGGCAGCUCACCUGCCACAGCAGCAAGAUCCAGGAUCAAGUGGUUGUCCACGUCCGGAGGCCAGAAGACACGCCUCUGAACUCCAAUAGGAGGUUGAUCUGGUGUCCCUUCAUCCUAGAGGACAAUGAAGAGAACCCGGAGGAUGCCAGCCAGACCCUGGCCCUGCUGCAUGAAGACAGGGCUGAGGUGUGGGAUCUGGAGAUCCUCCGCAGCAACAAUAGCACCUGGCCAGUAGAUGCCACUGACCUGAAGGAUGGGGUUAUAACCAUAAAAGGACAUACAGAGCGUAUAAGUGAAGGUGCCCUGUCUCCGGAUGGCACAGUCUUGGCCACAGCCAGUCAUGAUGGAUAUGUAAAGUUCUGGCAAAUCUACAUUGAAGGACAGGACCAGCCAAGUCCUCUCCCCGGCUUCUUUCACAGAUGUCUGCAUGAGUGGCAGCCCCACAAUGGGAACCCCCUCUCCUGCCUGCUGUUCUGUGACAACCACAAGAAACAGGACCCAGAUGUUCCAUUCUGGCGCUUUCUGAUUACUGGAGCUGAUCAGAACCAGGAGCUGAAGAUGUGGUGCACAGUGUCAUGGACCUGCCUGCAGACUAUCAGGUUCUCUCCAGACCCGUUCAACUCCUCAGUCCUGCCCAGUCUGAAGGCCAGCCUGGACCUCUCUGCAGAAUGCCUUAUCCUCAGCGACGUACAGAGAAAGGUGUUGUAUGUGAUGGAGUUGUUGCAGGACCAGGAGAAGGGCCAUGCCAGCUUCACAGCCGUGUCCGAGUUCCUGCUCACACACCCUGUGCUCAGCUUUGGUGUUCAGGACGUCAGCCGCAGCCGCCUGCGCCACACAGAGGUCCUCCUCCCAGAUGAGGAGAGCGAGAGUAUGACUGCAGAGGGUAACCAGGGCCCAAUGGAAUCCAGAGCUGGGAUCCAAAUCAAGCUAUACUGUGUCCACACAAAGUCCCUUCAAGACGUGCAGAUCUGGUUCCAGCCAAACCUUGGGUCUGGCUCUUCCUUGUUUCUGCCUCACUCAGACUCAAACGAUGGCUUUGGGUUUUCGGAUCACUUGACAGACAUGAGCGUGGAAUGUUUGAGCUCUGACAAGGAGUCCGGAUGCGGCUCCCAAAAUGAUCUCCGCAAGAUUCCUGCCCUUCCUGCUCCCGCUGACUUCAUGUCCCCCACUGGCGCCACCACUAUGCCCAAGCUCAUGACCCCUGACGCCUUUAUGACCCCCAGUGCUUCAGUCCCAGCCUCCCCAGGCAGCAGUGCCAGCAGCCUGACAAUAGUGACAGCCAUGACCAGCAACUCUGACAGUGGGGCCAGGGGAGGAGAGGAGCUGAACCAGAACCUCAAGAUGUCUGUGGAGAGCAGCAGCAGUAGCAGUCUGACUCUCAGUGCGAGCACCAGCAGCCCCAGGGCCAGCUCCAUUCUCAUCUCAGGCCUUGGGGACAACAUGCCGGUGCUUCCCUCUCCAAACCCGCCCCUCUCGCUGGACCCACAGGUCAUUGAGCCUAUGCUGAUUCAGCAGGCCUCUCCCACCCUGGCCCGCUCUCCAGACGUCAUCUCAUCUGCCUCCACGGCCAUGUCCCAGGACAUCCCUGAGAUCGCCUCUGAGACGCUGCAGAGAGGCCUGGGGGUUGUGUCUGGAGCUGAAUCCCGAGACCCUCUCCCAGCCCACCACACAGACAGCAUGGCUUCUGCAGCCUCAGCCCUUCACCUCCUCUCACCACGGAACCGGAACAACUCUGGCCACCUGCCCCUGGAGCUGGGUGCUGGAGUAGGAGCAGUGGAGGCGGAGCAGAGGCUCAGUAACACUCCUUCACUACUGGAGAACGCCCUGUCACAGGAGAAUGCUGCUGCAGCCGCCGCUGCCUCCUGCUCAGACAACAAUACAAGCCACCCCUGGCCUGCAGCUCCCGACAUCACACGGGAAACGCGCAACAGCCUGCGGGACAACGGCCUAGGAGACUGCUCGAGGGAGGAAAUGAAGGACAGACACAUGUCCUCUCCAUACCACAGACGCACCUACCACUUAACCCAGAAUGACAGUCAGGACGCCAGUGCAGAACAGAGUGACCAUGACGAUGAGGGAGCCAGUCUAGCGUCGUCCUCAGGGAACUGUGGAGCCAGGUCGUCUCAAAGACUGCCAGUGAAGGAGUGGAAGAGUUCUCCCAGAGGCUCCCCUAAACUCAAGAGGAAGAGUAAAAAAGAUGAUGGGGAUGCAUCUCAUGCCUCUCAUGUUUCUCAUGCCUCUCAGUCCAGGCAGCCUGAGCAUCAUAAUCAUCAACAUCAACAGAUGAACCCUGAGAUGCAGGAAGAGCUGCUGAUGCUGCUGCGUAACCAGCAGAGGGAGCUAGCGGAUCUCCGUCAGAGUCAGCUGGAGCUGCUGCAGAGAGUGACGGGCCACAUGGACGCUGUGCAGAGCUCUGUCAUAGCCCAUGUAGAGCACGUCAUGGUCAGCCAGCAGGAGCACGAACAGAGGAGAAUGGAGAGAAUCCUAGCUGAGGGACACAACCGUAACCAGCAACUCCAGGAGCAUCUCUCCCAGCAGCUGGCUCAAACUCUCAACAACACCCUGUGUAACCGUCUGGACAAGACUCUCCGAGAGGAGAUGAAGAAGACCGUUCCUCCCACUAUCAUCAAGAGUCUGGAGCCUGUUACUGCCCAGAUGAGUAACACCAUCGCUGCUAAGCUGACAGCUGUGGAGGCAGCACUGAAGGAGAAUGUUAGCAAAGUCGUCAAGUCAAAGAACACCACAGAUGCUAUCGGCCGGGCAGCUGCCGAGGCAAUGCAGGGGCCUAUCCAGGCUGCCUACAAGGAUGCGUUCCAGAGCAUUGUGCUGCCUGUAUUUGAGAGGGGCUGCCAGUCUAUGUUCCAGCAGAUCAAUGACAGCUUCAAGCAGGGCACCCAUGAGUAUAUCCAGCAACUGGAGACCCAUGUGAAGAACAGGAAGCAGCAUGAGCAGGAGGCACGGGACCCUAUGAUUGGCCAGCUGCAGCAGAUGAUUGACACGUUCCAGAAUUCUACGGAUCAGCUGGCCACCACCGUCACAGCAGGGGUCCGCUCUGAGGUCCAGCACCAGCUCCACAUGACGGUGGGAAACCUGCAGGAAUCGAUCCUGACCCAGGUGCAGCGCAUAGUGAAGGGUGAGGUGAGCAUGGCCAUGAAGGAGCAGCAGGCAGCUGUGACCUCCAGCAUCAUGCAGGCCAUGCGCUCUGCUGCAGGCACGCCCAUCCCUACCGCACACCUGGACUACCAGGCCCAGCAGGCCAACAUCCUGCAGCUGCUGCAGCAGGGACAGCUCAACCAGGCCUUCCAACAGGCCCUGUCAGCCUCUGACCUGAACCUGGUCCUGUAUGUGUGCGAGACCAUCGACUCCCAGCAGGUGUUUGGCCAGCAUCCCUGCCCCCUGAUACAGCCAGUGCUGCUGUCCCUCAUACAGCAGCUAUCCACUAACCUGGCCACACGCUCUGAGCUCAAGAUCAGUUACUUGGAGGAUGCUGUGAUGAACCUGGACCAUGGUGAUCCGGUGACGAGAGACCACAUGAGUACUGUGCUGUCCCAGGUCCGACAGAAGCUGAUCCAGUUCCUGCAGCAGGACCCACACAGUCCUCUCAGCAAGAGAGCCCGGCGCCUGGUGAUGAUGCUUCAGGGCCUGGUCAAUCACUAGUUCUGUACUUGAUGCCCACUGAUGGAGCCCCUUCUCUUCCUGCUCUGCUCCAAUACAGUUAGAAUAAGGUGCAUUGAGUUUUAUUGAGGUGCUGAGGGGAGCGGCAUUUAGUUAAAGAGAUGUGAAUAAUGGCUCUGAACUUCAUGUACCCUCAGCUCUCUCUGAUGCAUUGUACAUUGCAAUUGAACAUUUUGUGUGUUAUCCUAAUUUUUUAAGUGGAAAAAAUGGCAAGAGCCGACUGGGUUUUCCCUUUUUGGACUUUUAGAUUGAAGGAUUUUUCUCAGUUUGAAACCCCCUGUUCAUCAUAAGAUCUAUGAACCUUGCCAUUCGCUUAUUUCAGUCCAUUUUCCCUGUCAUAGCAGCAAGAGUUUAUUAGAGAGAAAAAAACUAUCCUAAAUGUAGACAGUCGAUAUAGAUGGAUGGGCCCUUUAUGUUCUAUUGUGUUUUCUGUAUGUUCAACCAUUCUGUUAAAUCCAAAGUUCUGACUUUAGUUCAGUAUGGUCUUUUGCUUUGAGGAACUUCUACAGUAGGCUUUGAAUCUGCACUGUUAGUAUUGUAUUAAAGCUCUUUCCGAUAUAUUAGACUGACCAUAUUACUAUGUAAAGAGGACAGGAGUAUGCUUGUGGAGUCUUAGAAACUGAAAUGGUUAUCUACUUGUACAGCUUUAUAGAGUCAAGGUCAACUCUUUUGAUGGAACCUCGAUAAAAUUCACUCAUGCCCCUGAAAAAGGGUUUUCUUUUGUGCCCCUUUUUGUUAUAUACCAACAAUCCUUAACAUUUGUAGGACUAGUAUACUUCCUCAAAGACUUAUUGAAGUAAUUAUGAUCUAUAGUAAAUGCUUCUAACAAAUGACUAUUGUUAUUGAAUAUGGCUCUUUUGCUUUAGGAUACCCAAGUAAUGUUUGUAAACCUGAUGUACUUAUCCUGGUCUCUAGAGGGCAGCCCUUUGUGAAAAUGCAAUCACAUAUUGUUUAGCAUGGUUUCUAUAGCAGCUUACAAAGUCUAGUUGGAAAGUACAACAAAACUGGGGGCCUGGCUUAAUGAUUUUGAAGUUAUAAUUUGUCUUCUAAACAAGUUUAAUUUGUUUUAGCUAGGUACCGACCUUUGACACGCCAAUGUUGGGUUGCAUUAUGAACGUCAACUGCACAAUGCCUGCUCUGCCACUGUGGUCAGUUUGUAACCAUUCAAGUUGCACCGAGUCAAGUGAAUAAGACUGUAGGUUUUCCAUCUCAAACCCUUCAUGUGCUACAAAACCUUUAUAGUAAGUGCCUUAUUGUACUUCACUCAAGGGAAUUUGCCCUCCACCACCUUUAGAAGCUGUUGUGCCAUUUGUAAACCAACUAUUUGCCUGACUGUAAAAGAGUGGGUUACUGGGCGUUUACGCACCUCUCAUCAAUGUCUUCUUUUGCAAACAAGGGCUCAAAUGGCACAGCGAGAGAUAAUCUGUGCAUUAGAUAUACAAACAUUAUUUGACAAUAGAGGCUUGCUAGAAUACGUUUUCAAUGCUUGGUUAUGUGAUUCCACUUUACUGAAGGAGUGAUAGGAAAUGUUUAAACCCAUUCUAAACUUGUCUAGCUUAUACCAAAAUGUCAAUCUCUGCUAUUCAUGUCUUGCCGUCUAAUUGCAAGGACAGUUAUUAUUUAUGACGGUCCUGGUGUCAUCUGUUUAAGAUUCCUUUCUUAAACCUAAAACAGAUAAGGUGUCAUAGGGCGGUGUGAGCUAAGCUUGGAGGUGUUUCUUACCAUUCCGUACACUGCACAUCAGUCCUGAGACAUGCUUAUAUAACUAGGCCAGAAUGAUUGUUUUAGUUUUACCAUAGUAGUGGUUGGUGUGAUGAUCACCUUUGGCGGUCCAAUUUAUUUAACAUGACUUGUUGAAAGGUGA